UAAGUCAUUUUCAUAAUAAAUACUCUGUGGGCUGAUUAUGCUUGCAACACCCUUUUAAAAAAAUCAAGACAAAGUUUGUUUUCAUAAAGUGCUGAGUGUUUAACAGCACAAACACAUAUAAGUGAAUUAGGAGCUCUCAGGGAGUCCAGUACGCAUUCAUGUGACUCCAGAUGUUGGAGUGUUUCUCUGGGUGUGGUUUAACAGAGACUGACUGCGCUCGUUUUAUCAUUCGGCUCACCUGAGCCUCUGCCAAAACUGGAGGCGGGAGCGUUUGUAUAGCCUACUGUAUAAAUAACCCGAGACAUGAUAGUGAGUGAGAAUCAUUCAGACUCCAGGAGCAUCUCUCCACGGGCUGUGGGUUAUUACACAUCAAUAUGCAUAUAAACUCACCCGAAUCGUACAAUUUCAUGUUUUUAUUUUGCUUUUUAAUAAGGAGUGGUCUGACUUUGAAGAAUGAUGCAACGGAGAUUUUCUACUCUCAUGUGGUCAGUCCCGUGCAGGAUGCUCAGAGCAACUCGUCUCUGAAUCGCGCGCGCUCCGGUGGAAGAGGCUUCACAGCGCACGAGAGAGAACGAAUCCCAGUCGGCUGCAGAGAGCUGCGAUCCACAAAGUACAUCUCAGACGGCCAGUGUACCAGCAUAAACCCUGUUAAGGAACUGGUGUGCACUGGACAGUGUCUUCCAGCUCAGAUGCUGCCCAACUGGAUCGGUGGAUACGGUAGGAAGUUCGGGAAUCGCCGAAACAAUCAGGACUGGCGCUGUGUGAACGACAAGACCCGUACCCAGCGGAUUCAGCUCCUGUGCCAGGAUGGCAGCACCAGGACCUACAAGAUCACAGUGGUGACCUCCUGCAAAUGCAAAAGAUACACACGGCAGCACAACGAAUCGGGAAUCAAGUCUGUGGGAUACGCUCAUACCCAGAUAAAAAAACAAAAGAUCAAAGCGGGCACAGGGACAGAAAGCUAAAUGAGUCUCUUCUCCGACUGAGCUAGAUUUUCCCUUUUAAAAGAAGUUAGUAUAAACGUGAGGGCUUGUGACAUCAGCUCACCGGAACAUUGAACUUUCUUUGUGCUGCCUUUGAGAGCAAGUGCGGGGCUCUGAGUUCACUGUGAAACCAGAUGUCCAGUGCAAUCUUUGGAAAGAAGAGAAAAUAAAGACUAAAUCUCAUCACCAAAAUAAUCUCAGUAACAUGCAGCCACUAGUGAAGACCUGUUCAUAAUCACGUCAAAGAGACUGACAAUGACAACUGCAUAUUACGUUACAAAAAUGAUUAGAAACAGGCCUGUGAUCCUAAUUGUUUUUGUCAUCACUGCCUGAUAUAUGUGGUAAUCCCUUGCUGUAGUAUAUGCUGUAAGUCUUUGUGUUCAUUGACAAUAAAAGUAGUUCUCAAACCCAGGAAAUGCAUAGCUACAUGUAAAUUAAAUGUCUGUACAUAUACAUAUGCAUUUGUUUAUGUAAUUAAUUGUUUUGAAGGAUCUUUAUGUGUAUUAUUGUGACGUAUAAGCUGAUGUAAUAUAUUUUGCCUUGACUUUGCUCAUUUUUAGUUUGUGCAAGCAUUAUUCAGACAAGAUAUUGCACUAUAGUGACAAUGCUUAUAUUGGCUAUUAUGGUGUAAAAACAUUAAAAUGAAAACAUCUGAAAA